AAGGGCCUGUCCCAGUCGGCCUUGCCCUACAGGCGCAGCGUGCCCACGUGGCUGAAACUCACUUCUGAUGAUGUAAAGGAACAGAUCUACAAGCUGGCUAAAAAAGGCCUGACUCCCUCGCAAAUCGGUGUGAUCCUGAGGGAUUCCCAUGGUGUUGCCCAGGUUCGCUUUGUUACUGGCAACAAAAUUUUGAGAAUCCUUAAAUCAAAGGGACUGGCCCCGGACCUUCCAGAGGAUCUGUAUCACUUGAUCAAGAAAGCUGUUGCUGUUCGCAAACAUCUUGAGAGAAACAGAAAGGAUAAAGAUGCCAAGUUCCGCCUGAUUCUGAUUGAAAGCAGGAUCCAUAGGUUGGCUCGCUACUACAAAACCAAGAGAGUGCUGCCACCCAAUUGGAAGUAUGAAUCAUCGACAGCUUCUGCCCUGGUCGCAUAAGAGCUGGCUAUGACUUACUGAAAGAAUAAAUCUUCGUUAACU